ACACAGCUUGUUAAGAAGCUCAGGACCGCUCUACAGACCUACAUCCCCGGUUGCGAGCCCGCCUGGCAGGAUACCGAUGAGGUUUUCAUCCAACAGUUCUUCACAGAGCUUCAGACCUACCUCCAGCACAGCCUGCAGAAUCAGUUGACCCGGGGCAGUCAGGCACAACUACUUGUACAAGAGCGCCAGGCAGCACAGAAUGCUCUUAUGGAAGAAGCUCUGCAGUACAUGAGAAUGGAGGUCAACUCUGUUCAAGAAGAACUCCGGAAGUAUGCGGAGAGAGAUGAACUGAAUGCCGAUGCUAUGGAGAUUGAGUGGACAAACCUGACUACUCCACCAGACGUUGUUGCCGAGAUACAAAGAGCCCUUGAUGAAGGAAGACUGGUGGUGGGAAGACCAGCAACUCCGGCACUCAAUCCAGGCUCCAGGUCCUCUUCCAGGGCAGCUACCAGAACAAUGCAGCGGAAAACCAGCCCUUUCGCAGCAUUUCCGGACCGAUGCAGUAGGAGAGUUGUUCCUAUUGUGCAGCCAGUGGUGGGAGCAUCUCCCUUACCUCCUAGCCGCUUUGCAGGAAUAAACCCCUUCCUUGGAUUAGCCGACCGUUCCUUUGAUUAUGAGGGAGAACUCUACCAAGGUGCAGGCCGAGGACCUCCAAGUCCGCUAGCCAGGAACCCGGGAAGGUUUACUAUAUCUGGAGCCACUCAAGGAGCAGCAACCUCACCAUUGGCCAGCAACCUGGCACCAGUAGCACCUGUGGCCCCUCCUGCUGCGGCCGCCGCUCCCCCUCCAGCUAAUGCACAGGGUGGAAGCGGUGGAAAUCAGAACCCUCCACCUCCCGCGGCCCACGCUCCUGCUCCUGCAGAUUCAGACAGUUCUGAUAGUUCAGACUCGGAACCAGAAGGUGGUGAUAGAAGAGGUUGGCGGAGAUACCUUAAGAAGAAGUUGGAGAAGCAACAAAAGGAUUUGUUUGCUAUAAUGUCUCAGCAGUACCGACCUCCAGCCGCCUCUCCCCCUUCUGCUACUACCAGGGCCCGAGAACCAAAGGCACCACCUCCUUCCAAGUUCCAGAGCAAAGCGGAGCAAGUGGAGACCUUCAUCCGGCAAUGUGAGAAUGUAUUCUCCAUUGAGCGCCUGUCAUUUACCUCUGAGGAGGUUAAGAUCCGAUAUGCAGGCAACUUGAUGGAAGGAGAGGCAGCGAUCCGAUGGUAUGAGGCAUACCACAAUUCAAUUGAUCAAACCUCUCCCAACCGUCUUGCUGGGAUGCCGGUGGUGUUGGAUCAGAGAUGGAAGUGUUGGGAUUCCUUUGUGGAUGCUUUUAGAGCAGCCUUCGGUGAAGCCAUCUCUCGAGAUGAUGCUGUAGCCCAAUGGAAUACCCUUACCUAUACGGCUCGAGGAGGAAUAGAUCUCUUCCUGAAUACUAUUAUUCAGCUGAUAUGGAAGACUGACUCUGAGGGUCAGUUGGUGGAUGAUAAGAUCAACAAUUCCCUCCUCGCGGACCUAGAUAUGAGUUGGGCUCUUUUCAAUCCCAAACCAAAGGCCUUGAUGGAGCGGAUAACUGCUCUAAGAGAGUUAGGGCACACCCAUGAAAGGUACCAAGGGAUGGCAGCUGAGAAGGCGUCCCCUUGGACCAAGAAGGAUCCUUCCGCACAGAAGGACCAGCAGCCUAAGAGGAAAAGAGAAGCUGCGAGCUCCUCCGGACCUCAGAAGACUCCUGGACCUAAAGAUAAAGCGGUGGAACUGAAGGGUAUCCCGGGGGAUAUUCUAGAAGAAAGAAGGAAAGCAGAAGUAUGCUUGAAGUGCGGCAAGUCCAGACACAAAUGGACCGAUUGUUGGUCAAAGGAACCUACUGUUGUCCGAGUGGCAGCAGUGAGAGUACAAAAGCGGAAAAGAGUGAAUGGCAAGUCCAACUCUCAGAAGAAGGCUAAAGUGACUGCUGUAGUAUCAGAGGAUCCACUUGUUGUACUCCCGGAGGUUACAGAAGAUUUUGUUUUGCAGUUUGAGCAAGACUCGGACAAUGAAAUCCUCUGGUUGGAACAGAGGCUUCCCUCCUUACCAGUACAUGGAAAAAGACCUAUACUGAAGGCAGGACUGUCAUGGACAGUCAAAGAAAAGAAUGAAGGCGCCCAAGGGUCUUUCCUGUUUGACACCGGUUGCACAGGAGCUAUCCUCAACCAGAGUUUUGUCAGGAAACAUGGAAUUCCCUUAGUGCGGCGGGAUCAACCUCUGACAAUGUUUGAUGCUCAAGGAGAUGUCAUGAUGGGAGGAGGUGAGUAUUACACUCACCCGGUCCGCAUGACUAUGGGAAAUCAUAAAGAGACACUCCGAUGGGAAGUGGCUACUUUGGAAGAAGGGAUGACCGGUUACCUGCCAAUUAGUUGGGCUAGGAAGCAUAACCCGGACAUCAAUUGGGAACUCAACACCAUAAGCUGGAGGAGUGACUACUGCAAGCAGAAUUGUCUCCCAGCGGCCACCAAGAUUGAACUGAUCUCUCCCUACCAGAUGCUGGAAGAAGAAGAGACAGUCUAUCAAUUGGUUGGUUCAGUAUGGCAUGAUGAGGACGGCGGUGAUAUUGCUGAGAAAAUACACCACCUAUACCGGGAAUGGGCCGAUGUGUUCAGUCAAGAGAAGAUUGAGGAAAUGCCGCCGCAUUCCCAUAAUGAUCUGAAGAUCAAACUCUUGCCUGGCACCGCUCCCCCAUUUGGCCCGCUGUACCCAUGUUCCGCUCCAGAGUUGAAGGCCCUCCGAGAGUACCGGGACAGAGAGUUGUCAUCAGGAAAGAUCUCUAGAUCAAAUAGCACUGCUGCAGCGCCCAUAUUAGGAUUGAACAAGGUCACUGUCAAGGACAAGUACCCGCUGCCUAUCAUGAGUGAGCUCAGAGACAGGUUGUUCAAGGCCAAGAUAUUCACAAAGAUAGACCUGAAGAACGGCUUCAAUUUGAUCAGGAUAGCCGAAGGUGAUAAGUGGAAAACCGCUUUCAGAACCCGCUAUGGACUGUAUCAGUAUAAUGUGAUGCCGUUUGAUCUAUGCAAUGCACCCUCCGCCUUUCAGGCCAUGAUCAAUGAUGUGCUAAAGGAACUACUGGAUGAAGGAGUGGUUGUCUAUAUUGAUGACAUCCUCAUCUACUCGGAAACUGAGAAAGAACAUGAGCUACUGGUCAAGAAGGUAUUACAGAAGCUCAGGGAAGCUAAUCUCUGUGCUUCGAUCAGUAAGACAUCCUUCCAUGUCCGAGAAGUAGAGUACCUAGGCUAUCACAUCUCGGAAGAAGGAGUAUCUAUGUCAGAAGACAAGGUGGAGGCAGUUAAGGGAUGGCCGGUCCCUGAAAAUAUCAAGGCAGUACAGGCAUUCCUCGGAUUUGCAAACUUCUAUCGCCGCUUCAUUGAAGGCUUCAGUAAGGUUUGCAAGCCAUUAACUGACCUCUUGCAAAAAGACAAGAAAUGGUAUUGGACGCCAGCACAUGAGCAGGCCUUUGAAGAACUCAAGAGGCUGUUCACAAGCGCUCCAAUCCUUCUUCAUUUUGACCCUAGUAGGAGAACGGUGGUCGAAACAGAUGCCAGUGAUUUUGCCAAGGGAGCAGUGCUCUCUCAGUAUGGGGACGAUGGAAAGCUACAUCCGGUGGCAUUCUAUUCUAAGAAGUUCUCCCCUGCUGAGAUCAACUAUGACAUUCAUGAUAAGGAAAUGGGAGCUAUUGUAGCCUCUUUCCGGGAAUGGAAACGCAUGCUCAAAUCUUGUGAGCAGGAAAUCACGGUUUUUACAGACCACAAGAACUUGGAGUACUUUAAUUCUACCAAGGUUCUCACUAGGCGGCAAGCUAGAUGGUCUGAAGACCUCGCAGGCUACAAUUUCAAAGUUGUCUACAGACCGGGAGAAAAGAAUGGCAAGACUGAUGUACUAUCUAGGCGCUGGGAUCACCACCUUGGAGAGGGAGGUGAAACUCUGCAGCCGGAGCCACAGAGCUUUUUUAGGCCAGGUCAAUUGGUUUUGGAUCCUGCAAAGCUAGCGGCUGUCAGGGUGAAUCAAUUACAGAAUACAUUCUUAGAGCGCCUACAUGCGGCCGCUAAAGAGGAUAGCUUCUGGCAGGAACUGCACCGCUCCUUGGUUGAAAGGAAACCAAAUUUCGACCAGAACUUAUCGGUCAAGAACGGUCUCAUCUUCUACAAGAAUAGAUGGUAUAUACCCAAAGACAAGAAGCUUCAGAUGGAAAUACUGUCCGAUACCCAUGACUCUAAGGUGGCUGGUCAUUUUGGCCAAUUUAAGACACUAGAGCGGGUAAAAAACAACUUCUUUUGGCCCAACAUGGAUAAGGAUGUUGAGGAAUAUGUCCGGAGCUGUGACAGCUGCCAGAGGAAUAAGACCUCAAGACAUAAGAAGUUUGGUAUGCUCCAACCGUUGGAGAUACCUUAUCGGCCAUGGACUUCCAUCUCUAUGGACUUCAUUGUGGGAUUACCGGAAUCUAGUGGGUUUACAAAGAUCUGGAUAAUAGUGGACCGCUUUUCGAAGAUGGCGCACUACAUCCCUCUUCCUACCCUCAAUAAAACGGAAGAUUUGGCUAAGUUGUUCUUGAAGGAAGUUUGGAGACUCCAUGGUUUACCUGAUGACAUAGUCUCGGAUAGAGAUAGCAGGUUCAUCUCUCACUUUUGGCAAUCUCUCAUGAGUCUCCUGAAUGUGAAGCUGAAGAUGUCCACAUCUUUCCACCCCAAAACGGACGGUCAAACAGAAAGAGUUAACCAGACCCUGGAAAACUACUCGCGGAGUUAUUGUUCAUAUCAACAGGAUGACUGGGCAGAACUCUUGCCUUUAGCAGAGUAUGCAUAUAACUCGGCGGUCUCUGAGUCUACCAAAGUAUCGGCUUUCUUUGCCAACUAUGGUUAUGAACCCAGGACCAACUGGCCGGCCCCAAAGGAAGGAGUAGAAUGGAACAAUCCAGCGAGCGAGGUCAUGUUAUCUCAAUGGGAAUCUAUCUGGCAGGCUAUGACUGCCAGCUUAGGUAAAGUUAGAUUAAGAAUGGCCCGGUGGUAUGAUGUUCAUGCCCUGGCACCGCCUGAAAUCAAGCCCGGAGAGGAAGUUAUGUUGGACCGGCGCAAUGUGCAAACAAAGCGGCCUUUGGGAAAACUGGAUCAGAAGAAGAUGGGACCCUUUAAGGUCUUAGAAGCUAUUGGUACCCGUGCCUACAAGCUCUCUCUUCCCCCCCAAAUGGAAAUCCACCCGGUCUUUCAUGUCUCUCUUCUGGAACCUUACAGAGCAUCAGUGGAUCCUGAGAGAAGAGUUCCCCCACCGGAACCUGAGGAGAUUGAAGGAGAACAGAACUGGGUUGUCCGAGAAAAAAGGGGACAAGUGGAAUACUUAGUGCUGUGGGAAGGUUAUGAAAACGAGGAUGCUACAUGGGAACCUUGGGAGCAUCUCAAGAAGAGUGCUGAAGAAGCCCUUCGGGAUUUCCAUAUGAGGUAUCCUAAGAAACCCAAGGAUAAGGGGAUUGUUGAGUUGUAG